AAUAGUACAGUCCUCCAAGCAAUAUAUAAUAAUAUAGUAAAUAAGAAGGACACAAUCACCAUAUACGUAUAAAUGUGAAUUGUACUAGAGAGAGAAUGAGAGAGUAAGCUUUGUAUUUAUAUUUAUCUAAAAAAACAAUGAUUUAUUCAAAACGUUCGUCUUACAACGUCAACAUCGACUACAUCUGCUAUUCAGAGUAAACUUAAACAGGAUCCAAUUGAAAGAUAGAAUAACUACCGAUUUUUGGCCCGUCACUAUGCCACGAUUGGAGUUCUCUUUUAGAGGUUUCAUUGUUCCGGUGCUGACGCCAUUUAAGGAUGACAGCGCGAGAACUAUAGAUAUAUCAGUCAUACCAAAAUAUGCUGCAUAUCUUGAAAAGAAGGGUGUCAAGGGAAUUCUAGUUAAUGGAACUAGUGGGGAAGGAAUGUCAAUGUGUGUAGCGGAGAGAAAAACUGUUGCUGUAGCAUGGUCGAAUGCAGUCAAAACUACGAAACAACACUUGAUGAUACAAGUUGGUGGAGCUCCACUUCCAGAUGUCCUUGAAUUGGCAAAGCAUGCAGAGAGUAUCAAGGCGGACUCUUUGCUUUGUUUACCAGAAUUGUACUUUAAACCAAGUAAUUCUGAAGAUUUGACUGAAUAUUUAAAUAUGGUGGGUAAAGCAGCUCCAUCCACUCCACUUUUGUAUUACCAUUUUCCAGAAAUGACAAAUGUUAACAUACAUAUGGGCCAAUGCUUAGGAUCACUCGGCGACAGAAUACCAUCUUUUGUUGGAAUAAAAUUUACAAGUACAAAUUUGGAAGAAGUAUCACAAGCCUUGAAUGUCGAUAAUGGAAAGUAUGCAAUAUUUCUGGGUAGUGACCAGAUAAUGGUCGCUGGUAUGGCUCUUGGAUUAAACUCAUUUAUACCAACAAGCGUAAACAUGUUCCCAGAGCUUGCUCUAGAAAUGCUUGAAGCAGGAAAAAAAGGAGAUUUCACAACAGCAAGAAAAUGUCAAGAGAAGCUCUCCAAAGCAGUGAUAAUUAUAUCAAAAUAUGGCACAUGGGUCCAAACAAUGAAAGCAGCUAUGAACAUCUUAACUGACAUCAACGUGGGCAUUCCCCGUGCACCUCUCAAGGCCCUCUGCGAAGAACAAAUUGCUUCAAUGAAAAACGAACUUUCACAUUUAAAUUAUAAAAUUUAAAUUUGAAAAUGUGUAUCAUGACUCAAAAGGAUUCUUGCUCAAGAAAAAAGGAACUAAAAUCAAGAACAUCAUUAGAUCGUCAGAAAAGUGUGUAAAGUCUAUAUACGAUAUACAAAAAUAUGGGUUUCUUAAGAUCUUCCGCUAUAAAGCAAAUAAUAAAUGGUUCACUGUAUAUACGUACUUCUCUUAAUUAAAUAAAAAAAAUGCCAGAUCUCUAA